AUGCUCACAGAAAAGUGUUAUGUGUGUGAAGUGCAUUUCAAAGAGAAUGAUAUUCUAAUUUAUGAUGAGACUAUCUUAAAUGAUGGAACAGUCAAUAAAAUUAAAAGAAUUAGACCCACAUUAAAAGCUGGGGCAGUUCCAUCUAUAUUUCCGAACUUACCAUUUUAUUUAACAGAGCAUACAAUUAAGAGAAAACCUCCUCUCGAAAGGUCUAUAAAUAGUGUUAAAAAGAGAUUUAAACCAAGUCAGGCAUAUUUAAAUAUACAGUUGAAAAUUCCCACGAAGAAUUUUCAUUGGGUUUGA